UCCGGUGCAGAUCCUUGUUUACUUCAGCAUGCUGUCCGUCUGUCUAACCGGACACUUUGUGGAUCAGUAAUGAAUCAAAAGCGUUAACGUUUACAGUAGUCAGACAAUCAGCCGGUUAACGGAGGAGGUUAUCUUCAUCACGGCGGGAUUUAAAGUGAAAAACAGAGAAGAUGUCUCCACCUCUGGAUGCUAAUGCUAAUGCUAACGUGGAUCCGAAGGUUCUGCAGUAUGAAAACUUUAUUCAUGAUGUUCUGAAGAAAGACUUACAGAAGGUGUUGGAACAGAGAGACUCGGUUUAUGAGAAGAUCUCUCAGUAUCUGCAGCUGAAGAACACCAUACAGAGUCUGCAGGAUACAGGUUGUCAGAAGCUGAAGACAGAUGUUGAUCUCGGCUGUAACUUCUUCGUCCAGGCUGAAGUGGAGGACUCGUCUAAGAUCUUUGUGGCGGUCGGUUUCGGCUUCUUUUUGGAGAUGACCCACGACGAAGCUCUGCGAUUCAUCGAGAAGAAGACGAGUCAGCUCACAGCCUUCACAGAGCAGCUCACCAAAGACUCGGCUAAGAUUAAAGCCCAUAUCCGCAUGGUGCUGGAGGGUCUCAGGGAGCUUCAGGGACUGUCGGACGAACCAGAAGACACAAGGAGAGAAAUUCAUUAGAUCUAUUAUCGGAUGUUGAACAACCAGAGGACUUUCAGAUAAAUAAACACAUAUAAUAUAAUGUGGCUGCUGCUGUUCCACAGACAAACAUCAGAGGAGGAGAGUGAACCCUCCACUUUAAUUAACUCUUCGUUCAGGGCAUUGCAACAAUGGUGAAAUGUUAUUAUGGUAUGUAGUACAAGAAUAAACAUGGACACUCAACAGAGAGGUGGCAAAGAUCGUGCAGGAAGUGAAUGAAAGUAAUAAAUCUCACUCGUAUUGUUCAAAACUGAAAUGUGAAGGCUUUAAACACAUUGAUGUCAUCGAGUGUGACUUAUACACUUACCUAGGAUUUCCUUAUUUCUGAAUAAAUGCCUAUUAAUCUACUUUAUUAAGAUGCUGCUUCCUCAGUAUCAAAGUAAUCCAGUGAUGUUAUUUGUACAUAUAUAGGUGCACUUUGAACAGGAGUUGCCUAAAAAUGUUCAGAAUACUUAUUGUGGAGACACUUCGACUAAAUAUAGAAAAUAUAGGCUAAUAAACAUGUCAAUUUUU